AUGGAAAAACACUCAACACAACAUUUAUCGGAAUCAUUGGAAACAAGGAAGAAACAAGAUUUUAAUGAUGAUACAAUUUAUGAAAUUUUGUCUUUUUUUAAUGAUUUUAAAUUUAUUGUAAUGAAUUGUGCAUUGGUGUCCAAGCAGUGGUUGAAUGUUGUUUUAUCAUCAUGUCGUCAUCUUUCAUUGGAAUGUGGAAGAAAAGUCGAACUGAAUGGCCAAUUUUUACAAAAUAUUGCAACUCUAGAGAUUAAUACCACUUUUGAUAAUUACAAAAAACUUGUCUUGAUGAAAUCACUAACUGAACUUAUUGGUUGUAACAAUAAUAUUGGUAAUGAAGGAGCUAAAUAUAUUAGCAAAUUGAAACAAUUAACUCAUCUUUAUAUUCUUAACAACGAAAUUGAUGAUGAAGGAGCAAAAUAUAUAAGUGAAUUGAACCAAUUGGUCAGUCUUGAUAUUUCUUACAAUAAUAUUGGUGUUGAAGGUGCUAAAUACAUCAGUGAAUUGAAACAAUUGACCAAUCUUGAUAUCUCUGUCAAUCACAUUGGUGCUGAAGGAGCUCAACACAUAGCAGAAAUGAAUCAAUUAACCAUUCUUAAUAUUUCCACCAAUAAUAUUGGCUAUGAAGGAGCUAAAUAUAUUGGCAAAUUGAAACAAUUGACAUGUCUUACUAUUUUUAACAACAAUAUUGAUGUUGAAGGAGCUAAAUACAUUAGUGAAAUGAAACAAUUGACCGAUCUUAAUAUUUCUUACAAUAAUAUUGAUGUUGAAGGAGCUAAAUACAUUAGCGAAUUGAAACAAUUGACCGAUCUCGAUAUUUCUAUCAAUCAAAUUGGUGCUAAAGGAGUUCAAUACAUAGCGGAAAUGAAUCAAUUAACCAUUCUUUCUGCUUCUCACAAUAAUAUUGGUGAUGAAGGAGCUAAAUACAUUAGUGAAAUGAAACAAUUGACCAAUCUUGAUAUUUCCAACAAUAGCAUUAGCAAUGAAGGAGUAAAAUGUAUAGAGGAAAUGAAACACUUAACAGUUCUAAAUAUACGUCAGCCAGUCAUGUUUAGUUUUAAAAUAGCCUGA